AUCCCCUUUCUGCUAUAGGACAUGGAGCUCGUAGAGAGCAAACCCCUUCAUUCCAUUGAGCACAGGUUCAGAGUAAACCUCGAAGAAAGAGCUGAUUCACCUUCGACUUGGUCCACACCUGUCAGCGGCCAAGGCUGGCGUUGUCGCUUAGAAGUGGAGCGACGACCCAAGGCGUAUACACUCCUGGUGAGUUUGGAUCUCACGGGGGUGGAUACCUCGUUAGGACCCAUUACAUUCUCCGUGUAUGGAGAGGCUGUCACUGCUGGAGAAGGCAAUGUCCCAAAUGUGACGUCUUUUAGCGUCGUCUCUGCCCGGACGGCAAGUCUUCCCAGUGGCAUACUCGGGCCUAUCGUUCGGGACGGGGUGAAAGGUGGAAAUGGGAGUGUGGACGUCAUCUUCGUAGUGUCCUACCCGACCAAGCCCUCGCGCAAAGAUCCUCAUUCACUCGAACUGUCCGCAACCCUGCGAAAGACCUUGCAUGCCACUAUACAUUCUGGCAGUUCUUUCGUCGAUACAAGGUUCUUUGCAUUUUCGCGACGACAGCGGCAGUCCGGCCGUAUAGGCACCCCCGUGGCUUUGUUCGCGAACAGUUCAAUCUUAAAGACCUCGUCGGAUUACUACGAGACGCUCCUCUCAGGCACAUUUGCCGAGUCGUCCGUGUCGGCCUUGAACGAUGACUUCCCAGCCCAUGAGAACGUUUUCGUGGAUGGGGACGACUACGGUUAUGAGUCGGACAGCGACCUCUCUGACUGUGAAACGCUCGCUGCGCCUGUGGAUGCGGCAGGCACACAGUCGGAGCAGAAUGGAAUACGGACGAAAGUCUCAUCUGGUCGAAGCCACAAGCAAAAGCAUGUAGACGCAGUCGAAGCAGAAAAGACGCGGGUGGGGCAGAACAGGUUGGCAACAGGUGAAAAUCGAAUUAUCGACCAGCGGUUUAUUCCCCUCGAUAAUAGAUCUUCAACUCGAGUCGAGAGUCUUACCAACGCCGACAGGUUAGGGCGAACGGUAAUAGUGAAAGAUGCUGCAGCUCGAACCUACAAUGCGCUCCUUUUCUAUCUCUACACUGGGGAAGUAACAUUUUCCCACCUGACCUCUUCAGGAAAGGGGAAGGAUAAGUCGAGCCAACCGGAGGAAUAUAAAGCUCCAGCUUGCUCUCCCAAGUCAAUGUAUCGCUUAGCUGAUAAGUUGGGGAUGGAGGAGCUACGGCAGCGUGCAUUGGAUGCUAUCAAAUUAGAUCUCAGCCUGAGAAACAUCGUGGUUGAAGCAUUCUCUAAGUUCACAGCUACCCCUGGCUUCCACGAAAUCAGGAAGAUGGAGAUAGCGCUGCUGAAGAUACUCCGCAGCACAUUAACAUUGGGAAUGAACGCUCGCUUUGACAAUAUGGUCCAGCAAGUCUGCCUGAUGCGUCCUUCAUCUCCACCCUCGUCGACGUCGGGGAGUCGCCGGAGGAAGCGAGCGUCUUCCGGCUCAUCAUCUCUGCUGGGAUCAACCUCCGAUAUCCCUACUACACCCAUGGACGCAUAUAGCGACUUGCAUGACAAUCGCCUUGGACGCGGUUUCUCGGUUAUCAAAAUGAAGCAGUCUGAUGGUGGACAUGGUGGUGGAAGAUUAGAUUCUGAAGAUGACCCUCCAAAUGAUGUGGUAUUGAAGACCGACACACACACAGAACCCCCGCCGUUGUGGUUAUGCAGCACAAUCGCCACGCUAGACCCGGCCCAUCCACUCCGCCUGAUUCUGCCUAAACGAGAUCCGCCUGCGUCUGCUGACCCUCUACCUCCUGAGGUGUCAUACGCAGAAGAGUCUUUACCUUCUACACCCUCCAACGGGGAACACGAUGCAGUAUUUGCUUUUGCCCCACCGGAUGACCGUGAAAUGCCUCUCGCCCAAUCUGCAAUCCCUGCUACUCUGGAUCAGGCUGCCGGGAUAUCUUACUCAAACCCUAUGAAGGUGAAGAACAGGCGAUCCAGGCCUGAAUUCUUGUCAGAUAUCGCUAGCGGCGGACCCGACCUGGAUGUCAUUUCUGAUCCGUCGCCCGCACUGCAGAGACCCUCGCCUCACGAAUCCUUCCCGAUGCCCACUCUCCGCUUCUCUGACAUAAUUACGUCGCCUUCUGCACAACUGCCUCCUGUUGUCGAUUCUCGAUUGCCUGUUCUUGGUGACCCUGAUAGGACUUAUGACCUCGGCGACGGCCCCUACGAGCUACCCGGACCUGCCUUUACUCAAUCAUCUCGGCGCAUGGAGCGACCGGGGUAUCCCUUGUCAUGCCGCUCUAGCUCGUUUAUCUCCAACUAUUCCAACGCCGCUAACACUCUGCUAUCUGACGACUCCCGACGUGGCAAUACGCUUGGUACUAAGCUGGCAUACGCAACUAAAGGAGAUCUAUUAGCUAGCUUACCUAGUCACUAUCUGGAGCCUCCAGAUAUGCCUGAGACUUUUGCUGCUCCGUCAAUCUCUGCUGGUGCCGGUAACUUACCUUACAUGCUUGACCUCGACAACGACCGAUUCUCCGGACUUACCCGCCUGAACAUUACAAAUGAUUUACUUCCUACCGAAAACAUUAAGACUGACGCCUUCUCGACACCAGGACCAGCCUACCUCGCGCCUCCUGGUGUUUACUUUGACUCACCUGUUGAAGACCCUCUAUAUUCUGACCCCAUUGAGCCGGACAAUUAUCAGCUAGACCUGGACAUAGACUACGAAAAUGUUGACUUUCAGUGGGCUCCCUUCUUCCGGAAGGGUUCUCCCUCCCUCGAGGGCGUAUACCAUCAGGACCAUGGACCAAAUCUCAUCGCAGUCUCGGUCGGGUCCUCUAAUCCAAGACGACGCGCGUCUUCUAGCAAGGCCUCUGAGAUAGUGCAGGCGAGCGCCGUGCAAGAAGAGUCACGGAAUGACCAAGGGGACUCUCCUUUUGUAGAUCUUGGCGAACAAUCUGACAUACCUAUGUCCUUUGGCGGCACUCCCGAGAAACAAAAGAAAGCAUUCGCCCCCGCUCCAGACAUCUUCAUAUCCCCUCUGCGGACCACUGACCAAGAUGAACCCCCUCAGACCACUGAACUCGCCCAUGAGUCCGCUGGGCAGCAGCGUCAUGGAGGGAUCCGUGAUGGAAAAGAUACCAGUAAGUUGACUAGACACCCGGGACCACGUCACGUUCAGGCCUUCCAUCCCUUCGGUUUCGAAGGAGACUUCUCUCCGGUUUCGACGUCAACCCCGCCCCCGUCACGACCCGUCAUGUUCUCGCUAGCCGCUGGGAAAGCAGCAAAUGGUCCACUAGCCAUUGGCACAACUAUUGCAGGCGCGGUCGCUGAUGAGCAGGACGUGGGAUUGGUCUCUUCCCAAGCUUCCAACGAUAGCAUCGAGUCUUGGACCAGUGCAACAAAGUAG